UUCGUCGUCUUCUGGCUGAUGGUGCCGUCUGUUUACAAACAAUAAAUCAGUCGCCGCCGCCUCCUCCGGUGAUGGUCGGUCAUGGAUCAUAACGGAAGAAAUCGAGAGUACUGUUUUUCGCUGGUAGAAGGGCCGCUAGUGCAGUAAUAAUAUUAGUAUUGAAAUCAAAAGGCUAAACACGAAUCGGAUAACAUGGAAAGCUUGAUUUGUGCGGUGCUUCUGAUCGCGAUCCGAUUGCUCUUUAUCUAUGGGGCGGAUUCGGCCUUGUUAGAUCACGGUAAGUCUCGAGUUUGGGGACCCGGUCUGGAGCUGGCCGAUAAACUUCCGUUGAAUGCGAGGUACUUCUACAUCGAGCCGAGAGAUGCGCAAAAUAACAUAAUAUCAGAUCCACUGAAGUACCGUGUCCUGUUCAAGGGCCGAUCCGUAUUGGGCGAAUGCCGGGUCAAAAUUGAGCAAAUCGAUCGCUUCGAUGGAUCGUCACUGAUCCGAUACAAGCUGGCCGAGACGUGUUGGGACACGGAAAUUCACGUGCUGCACGGGGAACGACAUUUGGGAAAUUCUCCGUAUAGGUUUAGCGGCAAGCUGUAUACGGAGAAUUGCAACUGUCCACAGGCAGAUCUCGAGGAAUGGACUCAACAGAUCGAUUGCCCUAACUCGGACCCGCAAAUCGAAAGCGACCUAAUACCGUUUCGAGCCGUCAAUUUCUCCAGCUUGAGGCCAAGGAUUAUCCAGCAGUACGACAAGCCGGGAAGUGUUUCAUUGUGCAAUUAUGUGAUCAAGGAGAAUCAGAUUUAUCGAACCUGCUACGGAAGGUAUACGGGAUUCAAGAUGUACAUGGACGCGCUUUUGCUGUCUUUGGCGCGAAAAGCUAUCCUUCCUGACAUGGAGCUGUUUGUCAAUCUCGGUGAUUGGCCACUGGUUACCAAAGGGGGUCAUCGGCGUACGACUGGACCAUAUCCAAUAUUCUCAUGGUGUGGAAGCGAGGACACCUUCGACAUUGUAAUGCCAACGUAUGACAUCGUUGAGGCAACUUUGGAAGCGAUGAAUCGCGUGACGCUCGACAUGCUUUCCGUGCAACGUAAGGGAAUCCCCUGGAAGGACAAGGAACCCAAAGCAUUCUGGCGGGGUCGGGAUGCUUGUCGCGAAAGACUCGAUCUGGUUGGAAUAUCCCAGAAGCAUCCAGACCUCGUGAAUGCUUCACUGACCAAUUUCUUUUUCUUUCGAGACGAGGAGAAAAAAUACGGCCCAAAGGUAGCGUACAUUUCGUUUUUCGACUUCUUCAACUAUAAGUACCAGAUCAACGUGGACGGAACGGUAGCUGCCUAUAGACUACCAUAUCUGCUCGGGGGAUCUUCGGUGGUGUUUAAACAGGAUUCCAAGUAUUACGAGCACUUUUACAGCAAACUUGAGAAGUGGAAAGAGUUCGUUCCAAUCAAGAAAGAUCUAUCGGACUUAGUUGGGAGCAUCGAAAAAGCUAAGACAAUCGAUGACACCAUGCUGACCAUUCGCGAUAAUGCGAAAUCGUUUGUGGAAAAGCAUCUACUGCCGAAAUCGAUCCUCUGCUAUUAUGGAUUGCUGUUCAAGGAGUAUGCCAAAAGCAUCGUCAGCUCUAUUCAAGUAUUACCAAAUAUGGAAAAGGUGGACCAACCGACAACUAGCACCAGUUGCGAAUGUGAUCUAAAGCAUCAGAAUAGUCAUGAUGAGCUUUAAGGGUAACAAUUUUAGAAACAUUCCCCAUUACUAUAGAUCUGAAAGAUUUAAUAUAUUAUGCAGAACCUCGCCA